AUGUUCCACUCUACAAAUCAACUAAUCGACCAGCAAGAAGCUCGAGACAGGAGUCACAAUCACCACAAGCAUCAGGUCACCGCUAUGACGCAUCUCCCAGCAGAUCUCCACGAGCUCUCACAACUCCACUCCCAGGUCGCCGCCGCCGAAAGCCAGCUCAGUCAAGCCGAGCUUGAGCUCAGAGGCGUACAGAUCGUACGGUUGCAGGUGCCGCUGACCUCGCGAUCAAGUCCAGAUAAGGCGGCAAGAGAGGACUCGGACGCUAGUAAGGCUGUGGCUGACGAGCUAGCGGACAUCGAGGCGAAGAGAGAGGUGUGGCGUAAUGCGUCACAGGAGAUUGCGAGAUUUCGAGCAGAGAGGCUUGGUGCAGACGAUGAGUAG